CUUCACAGCUCGUGCUGGGGCAAAAGAUCACCGAGAGCUAAGCAAUGGGGAGUAAGCGAUCAAUCACGGCUCCCGGGGCAAGCCAUAUUGCCGGUCAGCCCUCAAAACGAGCCAAGAUUGACCACUUGCAAACGAGGGAUGUGGCUGCUGCAAAACUUCCGACCUUGAUAAGGGAACCCGACACCAAUUCCCGUCUAUCUUCUUUAAAAUGUCUAGUUCGAGAUGUCAUGGCCGAUCCUGAGGUCGCGACAGCUAAUCCCGAUGUCAUGGGGGCCCUUUCAAGGCUAGACGAAGCGCUCCAAUCUCUCCCAACGUUUCAACAUCCGCCCACGAGCGGCUCAGAGGCUUUUCGAAACCAGAAGACCAGUGGCCUCUCACCGUUCUCAGAGGAGAGCGAACCUCAAUUGCCUAGGCCACCUGCCAUUCUCGAUGAUCAAUUGCAGAAGGCAGUCUUUACGCACUCCGCAUGUAGCGGCGAUAGCAAUUCAAAUUAUGACCGACUGGAGAUACUGGGUGAUGCCUACAUCGAACUGAUCGCAACGAGGUUGGUUUGGCAGAGGUUCCCAGGCAUACCGGCGGGUCGGAUCUCUCAGAUUCGUGAACUUCUGGUCAAGAACGAUACGCUUGCAGGCUUUGCGGAGGCAUAUGGCUUUGAUCGUAAGGCUUUGGUUCCCGCGAACUACUCGGAUCAGUCCAAGCGAUGGAUCAAGACCAAGGGCGAUAUCUUCGAGGCCUACGUAGCUGCGGUCAUACUCUCUCGUCCUGAAGGUGGAGGAUAUGAGCUUGCAGAACAAUGGCUGACUAGCUUAUGGCUGCCUAAGCUUAGCGGUCUCGGCCACCAGAAAGCCAGCUUGCGCUCGAAGGAGGCUCUAGCCCAGCAAGUCAUGGCCAGGAACGUCAAGCUGGAGUAUCUUGAGGAGCGUCAAUCGAUCCAGAAAAAAGGUACUGGUACCCAAACGUUUUUCAUUGGGGUAUAUCUCACGGGUUGGGGAUGGACCAAGAGACACCUCGGAUCAGGACAGGGUUCAAGCAAGGCAGCAGCGGGUGAUGAAGCAGCACGGAGCGCCUUACUAAACACAUCCUUGAUCGCAGAAAUAACUGCUCGGAAAAGGAGAGAUCUCUCAUAAGAGGGGAAUUGGCCACAAUGGAGUGCCUAUUUUUCAAUGUCUUCACUCCGGCACAUCAAGACGAAGGGGAGGAUAACAGUCUUCACUUUAUAAUCAUGAGUCGGCCUUGUCACUAAGGAAAUCUUGUUAGGCGCUAGCGAUUCUACAGAUACCCUGGGUUUGAGAUCAAUGAACACAUGACAUAUGUCGAAAAAAGUCACCUACUGUUUCAACCAAAGUUGGCUCCGCUACUUAACCACGGUAGCUUUGUAUCAAAGAUAAUAUCUAACAAAAUGUCAC